UAUUACAUUAAUGGCCCAACCAACAAAAUAAUCUUUCAGCUCCAGAUGAAAAAGAAAAUUCUCCUCUAGAAAAAGGAUGAUUGAAACAGGUCAUAAAAAUAAAAUAUAUAUAAGGAAACACGUGAAAAGAUUUCAACGAUGCAUGGGUCUGCUCUAUCCUAAGCCUGUUGACAAACUCAACCAAAACCUUUUCGGUCAUUUUAAGAGGCGGCUUUUUCUUUCUUGCUGGUCGUCAUUCAUGAGCACGCAGCCAACCAAUUUUAUAUCCUUACAUCUGAAAUCUGCGGUUCCUAUUGUGCUAAUUAAGUUGAUCUUGUUGAUUUUCAAAGUCCCUUCCAGAAACAUGUAAGCAUUCUCAAUUCCGUUAGAAGAAUACAGUAGCCAAACAUGACCCGAAAAGUGAAAUCCAUGACCAAGAAACAGUAAGAGUAGUGCUUCUACGCCCAUCUACCUAUCUCACGACCAUCAAUACAAACAUAUAUGCCUGUUUGUUAUUCAUCACUCCUCAUUCUCUCUUUUCAUUAAUUAUUCUCUCUCUCUCUCUCUUUUUGCCUCAUGCCUUGCUACUUGCCCUUCAAUCGCAACAAUCUGGACAUCAGUUUCAUUGUGUUGAGACCUGUUGGUGUCUUCACCGAUGAGCUUAUCAGCACCAUGAAGUACUUUUCUUUGCAUGCUGAGGAUUUUGGCUGCCUUUCCAGCUCUCUCUUCAAGAGCAUCCAUGGCAACUUGGUUGUCUGGUAUGGAGCAUGGAUCAAAAGGUCCACAGAGGACAGGAAAACACUAGCUGAUAACUUGGUAGCAGCACUGUCUCAAAUCACACACCUGGCCAUCUUGCUAAACCAUGGCUUCUUCGAAGCCUAUGUUGGAGAAUCAAAAGACGGCCGCCCUGCAGCCAAGUUCUCGACCGGAGACAUUCUCUUCCUCGUCAGCAUGCCUUCCAUUUCCAAUGACACAUCUGAUCUCUCCUAUGCUUGCCUUGCCCUCCUUCGAUCGCACUUCUCCAAGGAAGGCAGCUUGUCCUCCACUGUAUGCCUUCAGUGCAAAGACCAACCAAUGGUGGCCACAUUGCAGGUUUGGGAAUCCCUGCAAGCUUGUUACUCUUGGCUACUCUCCUCUGAUUACAGGAACACUUACAUGCCCUACAUAAGUCCGCUCACCUGUGAUACUCAGUUCGACAUCUUCAAAGUGGUGUAUGUGAGCAGUGACGAAGUUCCCCACCCCGACUCAUUUCAACAUCUUCAAGGCGGUGUAUGUGAGCAGCGAUGAAGCUCUCAACCCCGGCUUCUACACUUCGGUAAAACAUAUGAGAGACUGUAGCGACAGGAAUCAAUUCGGGAGUUUUUCUUUCUUUGCUCUGUAUAUAAACCACUGCUGAAUGCCUUGUAACUGUAAGCAUGCCUUUCUGAAGUCUUCCCAAUCUCUGUAUCAAUAUAACAGUUAUCACACAAACCAUACAUAAGCUGUCAACUUCAUUGGAAAAUAUGAAUAUCAGCAUCACAACACAUUAGCAUCCUAAAAACAACCAAAGUUUGUUAAGCCAGCAUUUUAUACA